CCCCAAGUAAAUACACCUCUCCCUUUUUCUCUCUCUCUCUCUCUCUCUGCACCGCAUACCGAAUCCAUUAACACUUUUCUCUUUCUCAAACUCUCAACUUCCCUCGCCACCUUCCUAGGCUUCACAGUUACUUCACAGUCACACACGCACAAACCAUUAAACACAAACACAAAAACAAACCGACCGAAUCAUACUCUCAACAACAACAACCACCCUUUUUCUCGAACUCUUUGUUUGUGUUGUUUCAUUCGUUCCAUAUAAAACAAACAUCCUUAAAUUACUUUUUUUUUUCCUUAAACCAAGACAAAAAUUUUCAGACCCACAUGGAGAAAGAGCCUCUGCUUUCUUAUCUAAGCCCAAGAAAAAAAUAUCAAACAACACCACCGCCAGUAUUAGUACCACUCCCAGAAAACGAUGAGAUCUCUAUCCCUUUAACACCUUCUGAGCUCAAAGACCGUCUCAUCUUUGGACCCUUUUCCUCUUCUCCACAAGAAGCUUCACCUUUAGUUGAUGCCUUGACCCUUUCUCUCAGUUCUCCAAGACCCUCUUCUUCUUCCGUUUCUAUAUUUGACCCUUCAACCCCACAAGCUCAUGACACGCCUCAAUCCCAACAAGCUUGGCUACUUGACCCCAAUUGCCCAUGGACCAAAACAAAUCUUCACCGAUCCAAAACUGCACCGGCUAUGGCUGUUCUCAACGAUUUUACCCACCCGUCUGUGCCAAGACCUCAAUUUGGGUCUCAAUCUGUUGUGGGUCAAGCUUGUAUUCUUCUAAUUUUGUAUCUGUCAUUAGGGGUGGUUAUUUAUUGGUUUAAUAGGGACGAUUUCUCUUCUAAUGAGACACACCCUGUUGUGGAUGCUUUGUAUUUUUGUAUUGUCACAAUGUGUACCAUUGGUUAUGGUGACAUUACGCCCAAAACUACAACAACCAAGUUGUUCUCCAUAUUGUUUGUGUUGGUGGGGUUUGGUUUUAUUGAUAUAUUGCUGAGUGGGAUGGUCAGCUAUGUGCUUGAUUUGCAGGAGAAUUAUUUGUUGAGGACUAUGAAGAGUAAGGGUGGGAAAGAAGCCGGGAGGUCUUAUAUUGUUGAUGUGAAGAAAGGGAGGAUGAGGAUUAGGAUGAAGGUGGGAUUGGCAUUGGGGGUUGUGGUUCUCUGUAUUGGAAUUGGGGUGGCUGUAAUGCAUUUUGUGGAGAAGCUUGGGUGGGUGGAUUCGUUUUAUCUUUCAGUUAUGUCGGUUACCACAGUUGGGUACGGUGACCGAGCUUUUGAGUCCUUGACUGGUCGUAUUUUUGCUUCCAUUUGGUUGCUGUUUUCGACACUCGCGGUUGCUCGAGCAUUUUUGUACUUGGCCGAGGCAAGAGUUGAUAAGCGGCAUAGGAGGAUGGCAAAGUGGGUUCUUGGUCAGGACAUGACUGUCUCUGAGUUUCUUGCCGCUGACAUUGACAACAAUGGCUUUGUGAGUAAAUCAGAAUAUGUCAUAUACAAGCUCAAGGAGAUGGGAAAGGUAUCAGAGAAAGACAUUAUGCAGAUCUGUGACAAAUUUGAUAGGCUAGACACUGGAAACUGUGGAAAGAUAACUCUUGCUGAUCUUAUGGAGAACCAUCAUUGAUAUAAAAGACUCUUGGUAAGAUUCUUAUUAUAAUGCUACAGAAAGGCAGAAGAAAAUCCACGUUGUUAUUGUAAGUUGAUGAAGGUGCUACUAUGUAUUCAAGUUCCAUAAGUGGGAGUUCUAGGUAUCGAUUUGAGUUGUUCAACAAGAACAGUGGAUGAAGCGUGAUUAAUACGAGUGCAUCACAAACACCAUCUUUCAUGGUUUUAUUGCUCACUCAAUUGUACAAAUUGGUUAGAGACAGUGAUGGUCACUGCAUCUUCGAACUUGCCCUUGCCCUUGCCCUUGCCCAUCAUGAUGUGCGGUAGAUCAGGGGUUUUGACAUGUGGAACAAUUUUUCUGCCUGAAGCUAUUUUCAACUUUGUACAAAGUUAUGUUAGGACUACUUUUUCAAAGGUCUGUAUUUAUUCUUUGCGAAAACCUGAUGAUAAAAGAUUAUGAUCAAUCAUUAUAAAGUUUAUUAUUGGUUCUA